UUUAAUUCAAUGAAAUUAAUAUGUUUUUUCGUCGCUUUAAAAGGGGUUAAAGAAAUCAACCAGGCGGCAGGGUUCUUUGUAAUGAACCUCAUUUGUAAUGUAAAAACUGCAGAGACUAUUGUGAACUCCAUCUUAGACAGAAGUCCGGCCACACAACUUUUAUCUCCUUAGUUCUAAAAUGAUACCUGCUAGGACACAUCCAUGUUACCAUCUUAAAAAUGCAGAGAGAAGGUUUUUUGCUUCAGGAAUCCUGUUUCUGGUAAUUUAUGGAUGGAAUCUUUGCAGACAUCACAGCCCGUGCCCACAAAUAUAGCAGAAUUUUCUUUCUCCGUAGUUAAAGGAACCGCUGCCACUUUGAGAAAUGAGGACCCACCAAUUUUAAGCCAUAGAUUAAUAGCCAAACUCAUAUGAGGAACUGGCUAGGAUAUUUUUAAUUGGAUGCCAGCCCCCCAAAAGCAAUAUAAAAUAACUCACAAUAAAAGGAAGCCAAUUCUAAUAAAAAUUAAGCGUGGCCCGUAAUGGCCCCCAAUGUUGUAGGGUGAUAUAUGGGCAAAGCCCAAGGGCACUCGUUCUAGCAGGCAGCCUCUACUUUUUCUCCCCAGAAUGCAGUCUGGGACAGCUGCAUCGUAGUAGUAAUAGUUGCUCAGCAGCCAAAAGGAGGAAGAGUGCCCGUGAGUUUAACCAUUCACCCCCAAAUCCUGUUUCUGGCCUUUGGGUGCCGACCCGAGAACCUGAAUUGGUUUUGAAUACGGACCCCGUUGGGCUGAACUCUCAAAAGUUGGGCCCAUCCUCAAUCAAGAAUUUCUGCAAGCUCCCAAAACAGCUUCUAAAAAUGAAUUUUUUAUUAACUUGGGUAAAAACCCAGAAAGUAGAGCUGUUCCAAAUCAUGGUUAAAAGUUGUUCCUGACCAUCAGAACAGAUGCAGAAAAGGUGUUGCUCCUUGGCCAGAUUGUGGCCUAGCCAUACAGGGCAGAAUCCAGCCUGCAGACCAUAAACAGCGGAGUUCAUACCGGGAGAAGCAACCUCGGAGAUACACAGGUCCUAGGCUACAAAGGCCUUUAAAGCGACCACAUGGGUAGAUUCUCUCCAGGAUGCUCUGUCUUCAACUCGGCCUCUCUCAGUGGUGCCUUGGUUGCUGUCGUCAUCGAGUCCAUCCACCUUGCUGUUGGUCGUCCUCUUCUUCUCUUCCACUUUCCCCAGCAUUAUGGACUUCUCAAGGGAGCUGGGUCUUCGUAUAAUGUGUCUGAAGCAUGAUAGUUUGAGGCUGGUCAUUUGUAAAGAGUAAUGCACCACCGAACAACGUGCCACCUAAAAACAAAGAAGAGAUGCUUUUCUUCCCCCCACAAAGCUAUUGUUUCAGUCCAAAGCAAACGUAAUACCGGGUCCUUGGUUCAAAACACGUUGGUUCAACCAGAUAAGAUUUCUUCAAUCAGGCUUCAGCAGGAAGAUUACGGGGUGGAGGUGCACCUGAACGACUACCUGGACAUCAUCUGUCCCCACUACGAAGACAGCAACGUCCCCGCACACUCCAUGGAGCGCUACACGCUGUACCUGGUGGAGCAGGAGGAGUACGAAGUCUGCAAGCCGAGCUCCAAGAACCAGAUCCGCUGGGUGUGCAACCGGCCAGAUGCCCUCCACGGCCCCGAGCGUUUCUCGGAGAAAUUCCAGCGCUUCACGUCCUUCACGCUGGGCAAGGAAUUCCGGGAAGGACACGAGUACUAUUAUAUCUCCAAGCCAAUCCAUCACCAUGGAGACCUUUGCCUCAAGCUGAGGGUGUUGGUAGCCGGAAAAAAUACUCGGACGCCUCCCGGCCGUGCCCCGACCCAGAAGGGGAGUCUCCCGGCAGACGACCCUGACGCCCCGAUGCUGCGGAGCGUGGGCCAAAACUCAGCGCCUCGGCCGUGCAGCCCUUUUACUUUUCUCAGCCUCCUGCUCCCGUUGCUUGCAGCGCGGGGAGUCUGACGCGACUCAGUUUCCCCAGCGGAACCGCAAGGACUGAGCUGAAGCUUGUUGGGCCCUGGGUGGGCGUGAGCCGUUGGGUGGUUGCCGCUCCUCCGUGAGACGCUGCGGACCAGUCAGGCAUCGGGGAGGCUGAACGCCAAGAAGUCGGAGGAGGCGGACGGUGACUCCCGCGGCGGAGCAGAGACCUUGAGCACUUUGAGACCCAGUGGCCCUGAUGGACAGGUAACUGGCGGUGGAUGGAAUGGGGCACUGGGGGUAUUCUGCACCCCAAGGCUUCCUGGAUGGGCCCCUCUUCAAGGGUCACGGGACUGAGCCUCCUGCAGGCAGACAUGCUCGGAGGGCUCCUUGUGUGGGCCCUGGGACUACCACGUGGAGGGAACUGUUGGAUUCCGAUGGCGCUGGCUGGCUGCGCUGCAUUACCGGAACUUCUGGCUGCUUCGGACUCUGUCCAGUGUUGUUAAUUUAUAAGAAAACGGGCGGGCCCUGGAUUUGCGGGGGGCUCCCUCUGAUGCACCCUCUUGUGACUCCCCCCCACACACACACCAGCUAAGGGGCAGGGGAGCUCUGCCUUUUACCCGGAACUGGAAUCCGGCUGGGUUCAAACUCAAAAGGACAUAAGAAGCGGCCCGUUGGAUCAGACGAGGAGGACCUACCUGGCCCAGCGUCCUGGUUCCAACAGAGACUGGCCAAAUACCUCCAGGAAGUUCAUAAGCAGGAUAAUGGAGGCAGUAGCCUCCUCUGUGCCCCAUCAUCUCUGUCCAAAGAUAGACUGCCCUUACCCAUGGGGGUUCUACAGCAAAUAGUAGAGUUUGUCCCAAAACCUUUAUCUUCUGCUCAUUCUAGGCCGGCCUUCUAUCUUGGGGCUGAGUAUACCACUUGCUAUCCUGUCCUGCCGUGCCUCACAGGAGUGUGAAACUUUGGGGGGAUCUGUUGAGUUGGCAGUGAUUUUAUGUCAUGGGGACAGAGGCUGAAUGGAUGGGGGGUGAGGCUGUUUGAUUGGGGGUGCCAGGAAACCGGAUGGGAGAUGGAGACCUCUCUGUAAAGCUUUCUACGAUUGGAAUUUUAUACCAAAUAAAACAACUCAAGAUGAACUUUGUGUGUUGCUGUGU